AUGACUCUAUAAUUAAUUUCUAAACCUCAAAUUAGAAUUAAGACUUCAUCAAACAGAAUUAAAUCUGAAGUUUCUUUAUCUAAAUCAACGAGAAGUAAAUUAAAAACUGAAGAGACUGCUGAACCAUCAUCAAUCGGAUUUGGAAGAUAAGGGAGGCUAGUUACAACUCAAAAUUUAUCAAAAGUGAAACAACUUCUUGUUAAACAUGAAAGACUUCUUAGAUAUUCCAAGUCCAAUUAGCCUAAUCAUAUUCUAAAGUCAGGAUUCUAUUAUACAUAAGAUGAUAUAGAUGUCAUGGAUCAAGAUGGAAAUACCGCAUUAUAUUAUGCUUCUAUGUAUGGAAACAAUAUACUAAUUGAUUUUAUGCUAAAACAUGGUGCUAAUCCCAAUGUAUUAUGCAGUGAUGGAACCCCUAUGCAUAUGGCAGUCAAAUCGAAUAAAAUUGAUGUGAUUUAUUUAUUAUUAAAUAAUGGUGGAAGCUUAAAUAUUGUUAAUCAAUAGAACUGCACUCCUUUGGUUUAUGCUACUGACAAAAUAUUAAAAUAAUUGGGCAUGAAAUCAAAAGGUGUUGUUUCUGUUUCCAAAUAAUUUACAGAGAUUAAAAAUGAUGAAAUUCUUUAUUCUAAAGACUUUGCUCUUUAAUGUGAUUGA